GCAGUCCUGCGCACGCGCGGGAGCCAUAUUCGCCGCGGAUGCUUGGCCAUCCGGGUUGGUUCUUCUCCAGCUGAGUAAAGAGGCGCUGAUCUGCACCCUCACCGUCUUCCUCUGGUUAACUCUCCUUAGGCCUGACGACUCUUCUAAAAUGUCACUUCCCGUGGUCCUUGAAUCCAGCCCGUCGGUGAAGCGGUCUUAAGAAUCAACAUAAAGUUCAGAAACCAUGUCUCGAAGAUAUGACUCCAGGACCACAAUAUUUUCUCCAGAAGGUCGCUUAUACCAAGUGGAGUAUGCCAUGGAAGCCAUUGGACAUGCAGGCACCUGUUUGGGGAUUUUAGCCAAUGAUGGAGUUUUGCUUGCAGCGGAGAGGCGCAACAUCCACAAGCUUCUUGAUGAAGUCUUCUUUUCUGAGAAAAUUUAUAAACUUAAUGAGGACAUGGCUUGCAGCGUGGCAGGCAUAACAUCUGAUGCUAACGUUCUGACUAACGAGCUAAGGCUCAUUGCUCAACGGUACUUAUUACAGUAUCAGGAGCCAAUUCCCUGUGAGCAGUUGGUUACAGCACUGUGUGAUAUCAAACAGGCGUACACACAGUUUGGAGGCAAACGUCCCUUUGGUGUUUCUUUGCUGUAUAUUGGCUGGGAUAAGCACUAUGGCUUUCAGCUCUAUCAGAGUGACCCAAGUGGAAACUAUGGGGGAUGGAAAGCCACAUGCAUUGGGAACAACAGUGCUGCGGCUGUGUCAAUGUUGAAACAAGACUACAAAGAAGGCGAAAUGACUCUGAAGUCAGCGCUUGCUCUGGCUGUUAAGGUGCUAAAUAAGACAAUGGAUGUUAGUAAACUGUCAGCUGAAAAAGUGGAAAUCGCCACACUAACAAGAGAGAGUGGGAAGACGGUGAUCAGAGUCCUCAAGCAAAAGGAAGUGGAACAGUUGAUCAAAAAACAUGAAGAGGAAGAAGCUAAGGCUGAGCGGGAGAAGAAAGAAAAAGAACAGAGAGAAAAGGAUAAAUAGACAGAAUCACGGAUUUUAUAACUCCUUAGAGGCACCAAUUCACUUAGGAGCUGUCCUGGCCUUCCACCCCGGAAGUGUUUUCUUGUAUUAUCUUCCUUACCUUGGCCAUCGGGGAAAUAGGACAUUACAUACUGAAUUGGGUCCAUGUCUGUCCAGUUGGAUGCUUUAUUGUAAUGAUGGACAUCUUUAUAAACAUCUUAAUCUCAACACAUAAUUUUUGGAAUAAAACUUGGAAAGAUUGGU